AAUUACUCAUCAUGUUAUUCAUAAUGUAUACAAAUUUCUUCCUAAUUGUUCUAAUCAUGAUCAUCUCCUCCUUAUCUUCUUCCAUAGGGAAGAAUAAUCCAUUAAGUUAUGACUCAAUUUACAGCUUCGGAGAUUCUCUAGCCGACACCGGCAACUUUCUUCUCUCCGGCGCUCUUACAAAUCCGGUCAUCGGAAAACUACCUUAUGGCGAGACAUUCUUCAAACGCCCCACCGGCCGGUGCUCCGACGGACGUCUCAUCAUUGAUUUCAUUGCGGAGGCAAGUGGGUUGGAUUACAUUCCUCCGUACCUAAGUGUGGCGGCGGGGAUGGCAGCGCCAUCGAAAUUUGUUGCAUCCAAACAGGGCGUUAACUUUGCAGUCGCCGGAGCAACCGCACUUGAUUCAAAGUUUUUUUAUGACAAAGGAAUUGGACUUAUUUUGUGGACUAACCAAUCACUCUCUAUUCAACUUGGUUGGUUUAACAAUUACAAAUCUACCCUUUGCUCCACCAAACAAGAAUGUAGAAACUACUUCAAAAGAUCGCUUUUUUUGGUGGGUGAGAUUGGCGGCAAUGAUUACAACUACCCUUUUUUUCUCGGCCAAUCAAUUAAGGAUCUUGAAGCUAUAGUUCCUUUAGUUGUCGGCUCCAUUGUUGCGGCGACCAAAAUGUUGAUCGAGGAAGGAGCGACGGAGCUAAUGGUGGCCGGAAAUUUACCGAUUGGAUGUUCAACGGUGUACUUGACUCAAUUUCAGAGUCGCAACGAAGAAGAUUAUGAUCAAAAUGGAUGUCUUAAAGCUUAUAAUUCUUUCUCUCAAUAUCAUAAUUCUCUUCUUAAAUCUUCUUUGGAGAAAUUAAGGAUUAAGUAUCAUUCCAUGGCUAAAAUUAUUUAUGCUGAUUAUUAUGGUGCCUCUAAACCUUUCUCUCAUAAGCCAAAACAUUAUGGGUUUGUGGAUGGAGCACUAAAGGCUUGUUGUGGAGGAGGUGGUCCGUACAAUUUUAAUUUAACGGCUAGAUGUGGUUUUAGUGGAUCCAAAAUUUGUAACAAUCCAUCGACCCAUGUUAACUGGGAUGGAGUUCACCUCACUGAAUCAGCAUAUCGACAAAUUGCAUUGGGCCUCAUUAAUGGGUCGUACACUUCACCUCCCCUCUUGGACCAUUCUGCUUAAUUUUAUAAUAAUUGGGUUUCACUAGGCCCAUUUAUAUUAAUCAAAUUUUCAUAGUAAUUUCAUUCUCAAACCGGAUGUAAUUGUGUUUUCAUUGAUUACUA